CGAUGCGGGGCUUGGCGGGGUCCGUUUACUCGUCCUGCAAUAGGCAGCGAUCAGAGGAGCGGAGAGCGGAAGAGGCAACGUCCGGAGGUGAAGGGCGGCCCGUCAUUCCAGAAGUCGAUGCGGCCUUCAUGCGUUCUCCCUUUUUCACUUUAUUCACUUUAGAUUGCCAGGCGGAAGAUAUCUUGCCACGAUCCACGACUCACCGAGAUCACGCAAGCACAAGCAAACUUUCCAUCGGUUUCCCGCUUUCGUGUUCCGCCGAGCCCCCGUACCUGCCAAGCCCCGCCAAGCCCGCAGUUGAGCCGUUCCACCCUCGCACGCCGCGCGACGUCAUGGCUCCGAGAGCUCUCACCACCACUUUUCUCCCACAAUGGCACAACAAUCCCGCCCAAUGCACUUCCUCAUCACCGGUGCCGCCCGCGGCAUCGGCCGCGGCCUGACUCGCCACCUCCUGUCCCAAGGCCACCGUGUCUACCUGCUCGACGCCAACGCCCCGGAGCUCGAGCACACGCUCUCGCGCGCCGCCGCCUGGGCCACGACGCCCAACGCUUUCCGCGGCGAGCGCGUCGACCUCGCCGACCGCGCCCGCGUGCGCCAGGCCGUUGCUGCUGCGGGCAUCUUCUUCGGCGGACGGCUGGACUGCUUGGUGAACAACGCGUUCGCGACGCCGCACGUGUGGCGGGAUGGCGGGAAAGCCGAGGACGGCAUCAACGGCCAGAACGCCGAAGACGCCAUCAUGGCGCAGUGGGACGAGAAGAUUGCCGUCGGGCUGACGGCCCCGUUCCUGCUGAGCAGGCUGUGCGUGCCGCUGCUCGUGGGUGCGCGCGGCGGAAGCGGAAGCCCCGGCAGCAUCGUCAACGUCUCCAGCACGCGCGCGCUGCAGGCCGAGCCCGACCACGAGGCCUACAGCGCCGCCAAGGCCGGCCUGCUGGGCCUCACGCGCAGCCUGGCCGUCAGUCUGGGCGAGCGGCACCGCAUCCGCGUCAACGCCAUCAUUCCUGGCUGGAUCUGCGUCGAUGACGAGAACCGCGCUGCCGACGAGCAGGGCGCAAAGUGGGAGGAGGGCAUGAGCGAGGCGGACCACAGGUGGCACCCUGCGGGCAGGGUUGGGAAGGUCGACGACGUGCUCAAGGCGCUGCAAUUCCUGGUCGAGAGCGAGUUUGUGACGGGCGAGGAGAUUGUGCUGGAUGGUGGCGUGGGGAGGAAGAUGGUGUAUCCGGAGGAGUAAGGUAAUGCAGGAAUGAUUGUAUAAACAGCAGAUUUUGCUGUCGGUGGGGAUGCGCCCCUCGCAGCAAUGCCAGCCUGCUACCGAUCAGCCAGCGCCCUCACGUCGUGACAGCUAGGAGUAGUAGCUUCGCCAUCGCAGCUCCAUUAUCAACCACCACCCCGUCCAAUCACCCACCGGACAGGCUCCGUCGAUUGAGCAUCAGUCAGUGUGCACCAGCUUCCGCGCCAGCUGCAGCAUCACCUGCAGCAUCCGCGGCAGUGGCUAGGGUGUUC